GGCAGCAGAAUCGGUCUCCAACAACAAAAAGGAGCAAUCCAAGGUUGGAAAGAAUUCUUCACAUACUUCCAGCUUCUCGUCUAUGCCAACCCAACAUGGCUCGACAUCGUCCUUCUCACCGUAGGCACAGUGUCUGCUGCAGCCGCAGGAGUGCCGUUUCCUCUGAUGGGAAUCCUCUUCGGUCAGCUCGUCGACGACCUCAACACUGCGAGCUGCGAUGCCAAGAGCCCCAGCGCGGACGAAGCUUCGCAAAUUCAGCAUUCAAUCGAUGACAAGGUGCUCGAGUUGACUUAUAUCGGCAUUGCUAGCUUCGUCCUGAUCUACAUUUACAUAGUCAGCUGGAGCAUCUUUAGCCGUCGGCUGGAAGCACGUAUCCGAGACCGCUACUUUCAAGCGCUUCUGCAACAAGAUGCGACCUUUUACGACAAGCGUCAAGCUGGUGAGCUGUCAUCUCGUCUCAAUGCAGAUGUGCAGGCCGUCCAGUCUGGAACCUCAGAGAAAGUCGGCAUCUGCAUCGCCUGCACGUCCUUUUUCCUCACAGCCUAUGUCGUGGCCUUUAUAAAGAACUGGAGGCUUGCUGCCAUUCUUCUGUCUCUUAUUCCUGCUUUCUUCCUCAUGGCAGGACUAGGAAGUGCGUUCUCCGCAAAGUAUACCGGUGCCAUGUCUGAUGCAAUUGGCUCGGCAUCCUCCAUCGCCCAGGAAACUCUGUCCAAUAUUGCGGUUGUCCAAGCCUUUGGCGCUGGCUCGCGCUUGGAGGCCAAAUUUUCUUCACAUGUCAUGACAGCUCAGAAAAGGGGCAUAAAAAAGGCUUUUGCUGCUGCAGUUCAGGCCGGCACUCUAUACUUCAUUGCGUAUGCUGCAAAUGCAUUGUCUUUUUGGCAGGGAAGCCACCAAAUUGUCAAUACCAUCGCCAAUCCUAAUGGCGUAUCCGUGGGAGAGAUUUAUACAGUCAUUUUCCUCCUUGUAGAUGCAUGUGUCGUUUUUGGCUCUAUCGCCCCCCUAUUGCCCCUGUUGGGGGGUGCGUCCACAGCUUUCCUAAAACUGCGACAAGAUAUCGAAACACCAGCCACAAUCAACUCCAGAUCGACUUCCGGCUUGAAACUUUCAGAUUCUGCCGCCGCCUCCAUUUCGUUCCGCAACGUCUCGUUCGCUUAUACCUCCAGACCAGAUCACCUUGUGCUCAAGAAUGUCUCAUUUGAUUGCCCUGUCGGCAAAUAUACUGCGAUAGUUGGACUGUCUGGCAGUGGUAAGUCUACAGUGGCUGGCUUGACAACAAGGAUCUAUGACCCUCAAGGUGGAAAGGUGCUGCUUGACGGGCAUGAUUUGAAGGACAUAAACGUAAAAAGUUUGAGAAGCUUCAUCAGCUUGGUUCAGCAGGAGCCGUCGCUGCUAGAUCGGUCAAUCUUGGAGAAUAUCGCGUUGGGAUUGUUCAACUCGCCGUGGCAAAAGCAUCAGAAAUUCCAAUCCAUCAUUCUAGGAAAUGGACUUGCCGAGGUGGCAGAAAAGGUUAGAGAUGGACAAGAUCUGACCACUGUCGCUCAGGCGUAUAGUUCGGAUAUGGCUGAGCUCGUGGAAAUGAUUUGCCAGUCAGCUGCUCUAGCUGACGCAUCAACCUUUAUUCACAAGCUUGAACAUGGAUAUGGAACUCUUGUCGGCACAGCAGGAAAGCUUGUUAGUGGAGGGCAGCGACAAAGGCUUGCCUUUGCUCGCGCUUUAAUCCGAGACCCAAAGAUUCUUCUCCUCGACGAGGCGACAGCAUCUCUUGAUUCAGCCAGUGAGCAACGCAUCCAGACGGCAGUUGAGUCGAUAUCCAAGGGCCGCACCAUCAUCGCCAUCGCCCACCGCUUGUCCACUAUCAAAAAUGCUGAUAACAUCAUUGUUAUGAAUAACGGUGAAAUUAUUGAACAGGGCACACAUUUAGAGCUCAUGGCGCUUGAUGGUUCGUAUGCUGGCAUGGUUCGUUUACAAAACCUGGCGUCCAAAGAACAGGACGACACGCCAUCUUUGUCCAGCACAGCCAAAGGCGAAACUGAAAUCAUUCUCUCAGAGAAAGAAUCUUCUUUGAGUGAAACUGCAGCACUGAGAGAAGAUUUACCAGGUACAGCUUUGGAAACUGAACAAGAGCCGAGCCAGACAGCCGCCGAAGGAGAAGAUAAAGCGCUGGAUGCCGAUAUGUCGGCUUGGAAAAUCAUCAAGAUGUUUGGCCUCAUGCUUCGCCCACAUCUCCUGAUGCUCCUACUAGCCGUCUUCUCUGCCGUUAUCGUUGGCGGUACUUUCUCCUCUGCCGGUGUCAUCUUCGGCAAUACGGUCUCGAAAGUAAGCCCCUGCAACUCGACCCAUCAAAUUCUAUGGGCAGGCAAGUUCUUCGGCGGCUUGUUCUUUAUGCUAGCCGUGGUUGAGCUGUUCGCCUACACGGGAAGCUGGUUCGGCUUCGGCUAUGUCGCAGAAAAGCUUCUCUACAAUAUUCGCGUGCUCACAUUCCGCUCGCUCUAUGAACAAGAGCUGGACUGGCACCAAUCAGAGGGCCGUUCGCCAGCGUCUUUGCUUUCCAUUGUCACAGCAGAUGCUGCCGCCGUCGGCGGUUUCAGCGGGUCAAUUAUGGGAACAAUGUUUUCCAUCAUCGUCAACUUCUUCGUCGCCAUCAUUCUUUCACAUAUAAUCGCCUGGAAAAUCGCCAUUGUGUGCUUGGUAACUGUGCCUAUCCUUCUGGGCUCGGGAAUCAUGCAAGUCCGUUCCUUGUCACGUUUUGAACGCAAGCAUGCCGGAGCAUUCUCAAACGCUCUCGGUAUUACGGUUGAGGCUGUUACUUCGUACAAGACCGUAUCGUCGCUAGCUAUCGAAGAUGAGAUACUGCACACAUAUCGUCGAGCUCUCAAAGCUCCUCAGAAGGAGAUGGCUCUGUCAAGCGCCUAUACCAACUUUUGGCUUGCCAUCGCCAACAGCAUCGGUAACCUUAUUUACGCCUUUGCGUACUGGUGGGGUUCAACAAGGAUCACAAGGGGGGAGUACAGCCAAGCUCAGUUCUUUAUUAUUCUCAUGGCCAUGCUCGUGAGUGCCCAGUUGUGGGGCCAGAUGUUCACGUUGGCUCCCGAGGUCUCACGUUCCAGAGCAGCAGCAUCUAGAAUCCUGAGUCUCAUAAACCUUGGUUCUGCCAAGCGCCUUGGUGUGACGGAGACCGAGUUUGGCAAUAUAUCACGCGGAGAGAAAGAUGUCGAAGCAGCAUCAAGCGCCAUUUCAAGCCAAGGGAUCAAGCCAAGCCGCGGUGGCGUCACCGUCACAUUCCGAGAUGUAUCCUUCGCAUAUCCUGCUCGGCCACAUAUUCAGAUUUUGAAGAACACAUCAUUCACGAUACCAGCAGGCCAGUUUUGUGGUCUCGUGGGUCCGUCAGGAGCCGGUAAAUCCACAAUCAUGUCACUGGUCCAAAGGAUGUAUCGCCCUUCUAGUGGAACGGUUGAGAUUGAUGGGGUCGAUAUCUGUGCUCGUGAAGGUGUGGACUUUCGUCAUGACAUUGCCGUAGUGCCACAAGACUGCGCCCUGUUUGAUGGAACCGUCAAGUUCAACGUAGGACUCGGCGCGGUGCCAGGUCACGAAGCCACCGACUCGGAGAUCGAAGAGGCCUGCAAGCUGGCUAAUAUCCAUGACACCAUCGUGGCACUUCCGAACGGCUACGAUACGGAAUGCGGUCCUAACGGAUCCCGAUUGUCUGGGGGUCAGCGUCAACGAUUGGCAAUUGCGAGGGCGCUAGUCCGAAAACCACGGCUUCUGCUGCUCGACGAGAGCACCAGUGCCCUCGACGCAGAGAGCGAGAGGGCCCUGCAAGAAGGCCUGGAACAGGCAGCCAGAGGCAUUACCGUCAUUGCCAUCACCCACAGGCUACACACCGUCCGCAAAGCUGACGUGAUCUUCGUCGUCGAGGGAGGAAACGUGGUCGACAAAGGUCGUCACGAGGAACUGGUGGAGAGAAGUGAGUCGUAUAGGAUUAAUGCGCUGCAGCAGAUGCUGGGCUAGGAUAGUGGUAGAGUUCGGGAUAGAAUAGAAUACAAGCACUAAUAGCAUACCUAUGUAAUACAUCAACCAAUAGCUAGACGCAGUUCCAACACGUGGGAAGAUCGAGACGCUAUGAGCGGGCACCAGGGGGGAAUAUAUAGCUAAAUCAUCAGC